AUGAUGCUUCGAAUGGUCGAGAGGGCCGAGUCUGGGAGAGCUGGUGCGACUAACGUUGCAUGCGUGAGGUUCAAAUGUGAGUUUGAUAUGAGGCGAGCGGCGCGGAGUGCUUCAUCUCCCCGCAAAUUGUUUUGUGUUGAAACAAGCUACGCACCCAUCCGACAAGUGCAGACAGUUCAGCAGGCACGCGCAAAAGAAUUUUCAUUCUCCAAGCUGCACAAGCCUCUGUCGGUGCUGCUCAUCAUGGCCGUAGCAUCACAAUCAACAGACAAGAUAUUCACCUCCGCGGAUCGCAUCCGCCAACUCAACGAAAUCGACAAGGACAUUGCUCAAGUGAUCCAGUCGGCUGGGCUCGCUAUACAGGCCCUGACAAAUAACCAACCUGACCAUGACAAUUCGAUGACCGGGUCUCUCGAAGCCCACAAGCGUCAAUUCAAAGAAGCUGUGGCCAAAUACUUUGCUCUUGUCUCAUCUGUCGAUGUUCGCCUACGUCGCCAAAUCUACGCUCUUGAGGAAGAAUCUCUUGGUCAAGGACUGGCUGGCAAGCCCGGCGACCCUAGCGGCGCUGGUGUCGGAUCCGCUGGGUCAAUUGGAGCUGGAUCUGGAGCCGCAAAUCCUUUGGAUGUCAGCUGGCUGAACAGCCGAAAGGAUACCGUGGGGAUGGACAAAGAGGCCGAGCUGUGGUUUGAGGCAAGAGAUUUCGUCGAACGCCUGGCCGGCACCCCUAGCGGAGAACUCGCCCCGAAUAAUAGUGUUGCGUCUACUGAAAUGCAAGUUGAUUGA